AUGGCAAGUGAAAAAAAAUUACGACCACACUAAAGCGAUCAUAAAGAGAUGAACACGAAAAAGAUCUCACAUAAAAGUUGCGUAUGUAAAGUCAUGGCUAAUUGCUGCUGAUCUGUGUAGUGAAUCUCACUAUGUUAGUUCUCGCACCGUCUUGACCGUUUUUCGGAUAAAACUGUCAUCACAUCUUGGCCACUUUGGCUCUCAUGCUCGAAAGGUACUCCCUGAUAAGACCCUUGGCUGGAGUCACACGCAAAGCAGUUGUCUUCAGUGACUCCAGCCAAAAGCAUGCCGCUCAUCUGUGAGAAUCUUCCCACUGGGGAUCUGGCCAGGAAGGCAGAGUACGUUGGGGUCAGUGAUUUCAUUCGCAUCCGCCACACUCGCCGGCCAAAUAUUCCCAUCGCGCAGAAUUGGUGUCUUCGCUCUUACUUCAUGCCCGCCAAAUAUCGCGAGAGUGUUCAACAGAUUGAGAACUUCCAAGUGCGCCCGGACGAUGUGUGGGUGGUGACCUUCCCCAAGUGUGGCACAACGUGGUCCCAAGAGAUGGUGUGGAUGCUCUGCAAUGACCUUGACUACGACAAAGGGCAAUCUGUGGGCCUAAACACUCGGUUUCCCUUUUUCGAGUUGGGAACAAUCGUUGGUGAUAAGUUUUCGGCGCAAUUUGGGGAUGUGAUAUCAGGCUUGGAUAAGAUGACAUCACCACGCUUGAUCAAGAGUCACUUGCCAGCUCCUCUCUUGCCUAAAAGCAUCUGGGAAGUUAAGCCCAAGAUUAUCUAUGUGGCGAGGAAUGUUAAGGACGCUGCUAUCUCUUUCUACCAUCAUUACAAAAAUCUUCAGGGAUAUCGCGGAACCUUCGAUGACUUCUUAGACACAUUCCUCAAUGAUGGCGUAAUUUACGCUCCGUAUGAUUCCCAUAUCAUUGAUUUCUGGAACAUGAGAGAUGAGGAAAACAUCCUUUUCCUCACGUAUGAAGACAUGAAGAGAGAUCAUCCAAGUGUUAUUCGGAAAACGGCAGAAUUCCUCGGGAAAUCCUUCUCAGAUGAGCAAAUUGAGACUCUUGCGGAGCAUCUCACCUUCGAUAAGAUGACAAAGAACGGAUCAGUGAACUUCCAGGAAGAGAUGAAAGGCUUCGCGAAGCUGCUCAACAUCAAAAAGGAUGAGAACUUCAAUUUUAUCAGGAAGGGAAAAGUGGGUGGAUAUCAUGAUGAAAUGACCGAGGAGAGAAUCGAGAUGUUUGACUCAUGGAUUCAAGAGAGACUCGCAAAGUACAACGUUGAUCCUCAGAUUCAAGAUAUUCUUGUUCCCACCAAUUGAUUGGCAAUAAACU